CGAAUCAAUUGCCUAUAUUCCAAAACGAGUUGUGGUUGAAGUUCCAUUCAUAAAGAAAUUACUUAAAGCAAGCUGAAAAGCGAAGUAUCUAAAAUAAGAAAAACGAAACAAGCAACAAAAGAACAAAUAAGAGAAAACAAGUGAACAAUAGAUGUUUGAUUUCAAGAGUAAAGCGAAUUGCUUAGGUCAAGUUCUCCUAGAGGUCACCAAAUUAUCAAAUCAUAUUGUAUACUGAGUUUCAAUUCCUCUUCUUAUUUUAUCUCAAUUAUCACAGUGUUACCCAUAAUUUCUCGUAUGCAGCAAACUAAUUAGACUCUUGGUGAUUUCUCAUUUGUCAUAUCCAAACCAUAAAAGUAUAUGACUUCAUAGACAACAUGCAUAUUUGAAUAAAAUAUGCACCUUCUAGUAUGGUGAUAAAAGAUGCCAUCUCUUCUCUUACCUAUGAAUCUAACUAUAUCGAAUCACUUAUUUCUCUAUUGCAUUAGAUUCAGAAAUAAACAAGAACUUAUCCCUUCAUGUUGGAUAAAAAAAUAUGCAAGAAGAAACAAUAAGAUAAUGAAUCAAAGCUCAAUAUCAAUAUAAUCAAAUCAUCAUGUGAAAUCUUGGAACCACUAUAGGUUUUACUAACCUAAACAAUAAGAUAGAAUCAGUUUGGAUUUCUUGUAGUCGUCUGUACUGAUAGUGUGCACCUGUCACUUUGCACCCCUGGGUUCAUCACUAUACACUGCCAUAAGUUUCUAACUUAGUAAACCCAAUUUUCUUCCUUGUUUGAUACUAGCAUCCAUUUUGGUAUGAUCUUACAUUUAUCCUUAUAUUGUGCCUAGAACUCAAAAUCAAGUAAAGCUACCAAAAUGAUAUAAAAUAUAGUAAUACUCAUAGGGGCUAUAAAAUGUAUAAAAGAUCAAGUAAGAAAGCCAAUGACACUUGAAAAUUGAUCUUUUACCGUCCUGAUUUUAAGUUACAACCACGACUUAUUGAUGCAAUCUUGGAAGUUUUAUGAUAGAAAUGCUUACGAGUUAUUCAACAUCUGAUGAUUAGACAACCAACAAUGCCCAACAUGGACUAGAAGGCCAGGAGCAUGUGGAUCAAAUUUGAUCCCAAACAGAUGAUGAAAAGAUUGCAGUGAUCCAACCCAUCCCUGAAUUUGUUGCCCUUAUGGAAACUUCUUCCUCUUGCCUUUCACUCAAAGUAAUAGAGUUCUGGUUCGAGUUAGAAAGGAAAAAGUCAAUUGUACCACAUCGGCCAAACGUUAAGGUAGGGGGUUAGGUUGAAUUGUAAACGCAUCCUAAAUUUAUUAAAAUUCAAAAGUAUCUCUAACUUUCUCUCCAAAUCAAAGGCCAAGUGUAACCAACGAUCAGGUAUAGUAUAGUGCAAGUAAAGUCAUAAAAAAUUAUCGAACCCUAGGAUUUCUAGAUGUGUCGUUACUGCACUUUGUUUGUUAUCUAGCCAUAAAAUAUUUGAGAUAGAGAAACUACACUAACUAAAUUACUCUAACAACUACACUUGUAAAAUUACAAGUUGGGAGCUCACUUAGGCAUUGAAUCCCCAUAGACACUAAAUAGAUCGAUGUUGACCGUCCUAGCUUGCCCACUCGAGUUCUAUACCACCGAGAGUCCUAAAAACGCUUAAACUACCUAUUCGGUUCGUCCAAACUCACUUAGGAUGAACCGUCUAGAGGGAGAGUUUCCACAUCUAACAAAAUAUAAGACCUAAGGCAUGCAAUUUGGCUACCACUAAAGGAUAUAAUCCAAUACGGUACUGUAGUCCAAUAAUGAUCGAUCAAUUGACCCUCGAAUGAAGAAUGCUCCAAUAAUCAAAUUUGGCUAUUCUUUAUCUUAGGUCAAUAGUUCCAAAUUUAGGAGUAUGAUCAAUACCCACAAAAUUUCAUAAUAAUACCUCAAUUCAAUAUAUAAUCAAUAAAGUAAUCAAGCAUAGGAAUCAUUCAAACAUCAAUUCCUAACAUAUAAGUUAGAACAUGGCUAGGGUUCAUCUAAACCUAAGUGAGGGAUAAAUAUUCCAUAGUGAGGAGAGAUAACACAUAAUAAAUCUGAAGAUCUUCAAUCUUCAUCUUCUAGGCUUGAUCUUCUAGCCCCAAUGGGUUAUGUACCUCAAAUUUAGCUCCAAGAACCCUCUUAAGUCACUGUUGCUCUAUUUGGAAGGACCAUUGAGUGUUUUUUUUAUUAUUAUCAAAACCCAAGCUACCCCUCUUCAAAACCUGCAUCAGACUAUUUAUACCCGAAGUAGUGCAUGAAUCACGACCUCAUGUCACACCCAUGACAUCAACAAAGAAACCAUGACAUCGACAAGAAGUGUCUCAUUUUGGAACAUGUCACGACUUCAUGUUAAAUGGUCGUGACUUGUCCAGCAGACCGCGAAUAGUAGUUUGCUCCCUCUUAUUUGGUAAUUAAGUCUUAGAACUUCUUGUGAAAUAUCACGGUCUGGCUGUGACAAUUGCUCUUAGGGCACGACCUUUGCAGCUCUGAUGCAUUUUUUCAUUUUAACUCCAAAUGACUCCAAACUAGUUCCUUUGUCAUAUUUACGUUAUAAGACCUGAAAUGUGAUAAGGGAAGCACAAUCUAGCAUAAAAAUUGGCCCAGAAUCGUUAAAUACCAAGUCAAACGAUCAAGGUUUGAAAGGUAAGUCAUGUAUAAUAAGCCUGAAUCAAUUUCCAUUUUAAAGUGAACUACCACUAGUUUUGGAGGCUAAAUUCUAGUAGUUGAUGUAGGUUCUCUUCCUCUCUAUGUCAAACUAAGCACCCACGUUAUUUAUGGAGUAUAUCCUAUGCAUAUCUAUACUUUUGUUUAGUAAUAAUAUAUCCAUAUUAAGUUCAUGCUUGUGUUAUAACACUCUUACUUACUUACUUACCUCGAUCGUCCUAUAUAGAAGAUGAUAAAUCACCGCAUUAUGAUGAUUUGUAUCAAUGCCCAAUGCAUGACGAGAAAUCAUGCAUGCAUUGUAACAAAUUUGACCAAUGAUUUCUCUAGAUAUGAAGAGACCUUGCACCUAUACAAUCACUAGAUCACGUAGACAAGAGACUACUCUAUGUCUUCUACUGAGUAUGAUACUAAUGAGUAAUGAGAUAAGAGUUUCACAUCUAUCUUGUCGCAUAACGAGACCUCACGCAGGAGAUAGUUAAAAUACCCCUUUUGCAGGAUUAGACCUCAUGAGAAGGUGUUUGACUUGAGAAUGAUUGGAAGGGGAUAAUUCCAACUCGACAUAACUAAUCUUAACUCGAUAUAUUAUAAGUUAAACAAAAUGACAUCACUUGGUGAGAAUAUCCCAGACAACAACAUUUUAACAUGCGUUUAACCAAUCUACCUUUACUGCUCUCUAGUUUAUCAGUUCUAGUUAGUGAAAAUGAACAUGACAGACACCUUAACUAGGAAAUCUCAAAACACUAGCAAUAAAUUAAAGUAGAGAUAUUUCAAGAGGCUUUGUGGAAUACGAUCCUAGACAAAAGUAAAAAAAAAUCCUUUUGCAACAUACUAUAGUGUUCAGAAGCAAAACAAUAUAAAAAUAAUUAAAGGUGCAUCGAAACAACGAAAAUUUUGCCGUUGAUUUUAAUGAAAAAUACGGAAGCGCGAUGCACCCUUAGUUAUUUUUCUAUUGGAUUGGAGAGAAAUCGAUUGCGGUAUGAUGAAGUCUAAUGUGAAAUCUGGAAAGCAUAUGUAAUCUUGAUAUAUGCAUUAGGUACCUUAUGUGGAAUUGGCUUUGUUUAAUAUGAUUGAUAUAUUUGUGAUUAAAAUGGGGGUGUUGUUCAUGUUUGCAUAACAAUUUAUUGUUUGAAUUAAUUACUUAAACAAAGUUUUGGAUAAUGGGCAAUUAAUAUCUUGUUUGGGGACAGGAUGGGGUGCUAACAUCGUAUAGUGUUAGCACCCUACUAACACUUUUUACGAAGUUAUAAUAGUAAUUUCAACUUAUAGUUGCAGUUACAAUCACCUCUGUUACCUUCUAAUACCUUUACCUAUAAAGUUUAACACAAAUGACAAACUAUCCUCACUCCCCCACUCCCCCUAACAAAUCAUUUUCACCGCAUUCCCCGAACCACAACCCAGCACCUCCUUCGCUCGACCAGUCCAUCACACUUUCGUAUAAAAAACAGUCAUCGAUUUCUCUCCAUCGUGAGACAAACGUCGACCAGUACACCGCGCUUACGCACUAGAAACUGCCGCUCAUUUGGCUCCAUUGCGAGAGCAACGUCGACCAGUCCAUCGCGAUUUUGCACAAGAAACCGCCACUGACUUUGAUCCGUCGCAACAACAAAGCGACAAGUUCGCCGCGCUUCCGCACCGGAAACCACUACCAAUUUCACUCAGUCGCGAGAUUCCUGGUUAGGUUAGUAGGUUUCUAAUCUAAUGGUCUACUUUAUCGGCAUUCUAGCAUGCACCGAUGUAAAGUAUCUUAGAUCGCUUGAUUAGUGUUGUGGCUUGUUUAAUUAUUCUUCUGGACCAUAUUUGCGUCUUCGACUUUGAAACUUCUGGUGUUUUUUUGAAGUUGCAAAUGUUGUACAUUUAUGUUAUCUAUCAUCAAUAAUGAUCUGGAUUGCAUUAUCUACAUAUUUGCAUGCUUGCUCAAAUUAUUGGACUGAUUGGGCUGUCUAAUGUCGUCAUGUAUAAAAACCACAUUAUGGUUCGUUUGUCCUGUCAUGUUGACUGCUAAAUUAAUGUUAUGGAUUGCAAUGUCUACAUAGCGACCUAUUUGCUCAAAUUACUGGACUGGUUGGGCUGACUAUUGUAGUCCUGAAUAAAACCACAUUGUGGAUUGUUUGCCUAGUCCUGUGAAUUGCUUAAUUGGUUGCAAUGUCUACAUAGUGGAUUACUUUGUUUCCUCAGUGUUCCCAGUUGUUGUGGCUUGUUUGACCACUCUUCUGUAUAACUUAUUCACUCAUAUCUUUCAAAUUUCUGUACCAUAGGUAUAAGUAACAAAUGCUGCAAUUAUGUCACCAAAAGCAGUGAGGCAAUACAUUAGGCGCAAAGAUAGUCAAAUUAAAUGGGAUCAGUAGAAGUUCUGGUUGAAAGAAAUAUGUGAAAGCAAUGUACGAGUUACCAUACGAAAAAAGAAACCAUUGCAACCCUAGUAGGAUAUCAGAUGUGUUCUUCAAGGCAAAAAAUGGAAUAGAUAAGAAGGUGGAGUCUCUAAAAAUGAUUGGGUUUGAACAUCUGGCAAGUGUGAGAAUAACAAAGAUGCCAAGAUCCUUUGUCAUCUGGGUUAUGGAAAACUUCCAUGCCCAAACCAAGUCUUUACGUCUAGUAAAAUAUGAUGAAUUGAAGAUAACAGAGGAAGACGCGGAACAGGUGUAUGGGCUGCCACGAGGUCAGUUUGAGGUUGAUCUAACUAGAGGAUUAGGGGCAUCGUUGAAGUGUUCACAAGGGAGGAGUUUAGGCCUUCCACAUUUUACAAAAGGAAAUGCCAAGCUACAAGAUGUAAAGCUCAAGUUGGUAAGUGAUACAAACACAAGAAAAUGGAGGGAGCAGUUUGUCGUUUAUGCCUUCGAAUCCAUGCUUUGCCAUAGUGGUAACCAGCUUCCAGCGUUGUCACACUUGAAGUACAUGCAACAAGACAUGAUUCAAGACUUCGAGAAAUACAACUGAUGUAAGCAUGUUGUGGAAAACUUCAACUAGGGCAUGAAAGAAUCGAUGGACUCAAAUUCCAUUUUUAGAGGGGACAUCCAUCUUACUGGUGAGUGACUACUUUCUCUUGUGGACUGCUAAAUUAAUGUUCCCGAUUGCAAUGUCUACAUAGUGGCAUGCUUACUCAAAUUACUGGACUAGUUGGGUUGUCUUGUGUCCUCCUGUAUGAAACCACUUUGUGGAUUGUUUGUCCAGUCUUGUGGACUGCUACAUUAACGUCCCAGACUACAAUGUCUACAUAGUGGCUUGCUUACUCAAAUUACUAGAAUGGUUGGAUGUCUUCUGUCCUGUUGUAUGCAACCACAUUGUGGAUUGUUUGCCCAGUCUUGUGGACUGCUUAAUUAAUAUUCCGGAUUGCAUCGUCUAGAUAGUGGCCUGCUUACUCAAAUUAUUGGACUGGAUGUCCUUUCUUCUGGCCUCCUUUAAGUAACUUGAGGCCUCUAUUAUGAAACCAAUUGUAAAUUCACUCAUAUUCCAUUUCAACACUCCAUUCUCUACCGAAUACACUAGAAGCCUACACCAAUCCUGUCCCCUCCAACCUGUAGGCACAAACUUUACAAAGAUUGCAAAUAUGAUUUUAAGAAGCUGUUGCGGCUGAGGCACCUCACUACUGGACCAAUAAUGACCACUGGAGAGAAAGAAGAUCGAAUAAUUGGAGAGAAAGAGUCAGAUAGCAUUGGAGAGAAAGAGGUGCCAACCAUAAGAGACAAAGACUUACAAAGCAGUGGAGAGAAAGAGGUGGAAGAAGAGAUAAUAGAAACACCAUUAAUAACAGAUGAGUUCAUAUCUGAAGAAGAAGAUGAUGACAGUCAGCCACCACCCCAAAAAGGAUAAGCAAGCUCGAUAUGGAGAGGGAGGGUGAUCAGUCAUACAUCCCAUAUGUCCCUAUAGACCUUUCUCGGAUUGAUACACUAGAAGAGGUAAAUGAUACAAUACAAUAUCUAGUAGUUUUUCUCUUUGGAGGACUAAUUCUCCUAUGGAUUCAAUGGUAAUUGUUGUCUACUAUUUGUGUUCCAAUUCUAGGCAUACCAGCUAAAGGACAAGUAUGAAGGGUACGUGAGAGCUAUGAUGAAAUAAGCAAGAGAGUAUAAAUCAAAGGUCAAACAGAUUCAGGAGCAUAUAUGUUAUUAUAGGAAGCUACACAAUCAACUACAAAUAAGGAGAAAAGGAGAAGAACGAGGAAGAUGUUGGGACACAAGAUGCUAGCAAACACCACAACAAAGAAACAGUAGAAAAUGAAGACCAAGCCAUCGAUGAUGACAAGCUUGAAGAAGACAUAACAAGAAAAGUAUGAAUUGAUAUGAGUUUUUAUUUUUUAUGGCAGAUAAAAAUGCUAAAUAGUAUGGUCAAAUAGUUUAUAGUAUGCUUUUCCAUGUUUGUGGUAUGAUCUUUCAAAUUACUAGCAUGACUAUAAAAAGUUACGUAUAGUUAUGACUUGUGGUCUACUAGAACUGUUUUCUGGCCUGGUUGAAUAACAUUUUCCCUAUUAUGUCAAAGUUUAAGAGUACAUCAUGAUAUUUCUAUCGAUUGAACACAUUAUGGUUUGCAAUCUAUCUAAUGUGUGCUAUCUAUUGAUUUCUGUUAUUUCUGGUGUUCAUUUUCCGGUUUGUCCAUAUUGAAUCGGAUGCAACUAUGCCUCCUUUCAUUAUCAAAAUAAAACAUGUAUACUUUU